UUCUAUCUCCUCACCAUGAAAGGACCUUCAUGUAUUUCAUCCAAGCUCUUCACAGCGUUCACUCUUUUUGUUCUUCUUCUCCCCAUCUUUGUCUUUGGGGAGUGUACGUGUGAUGUUGAUGUUCAGGAUGAGAAACAAGACAGAAGCUUGGCGCUCAAGUACAAAAUAGCUGCUUUUGUUUCGAUUCUGUUGGCUAGUGCCAUCGGAGUUUGCAUUCCGGUACUGGGUAGAACGAUUCCGGCGUUACAUCCGGAUAGGAAUGUCUUCUUUCUGAUCAAGGCAUUUGCUGCAGGUGUGAUUCUGGCAACUGGAUUCAUACACAUACUACCCGAUGCAUUUGAGCAGUUAACUUCGCCUUGUCUCAAAGGGAAGGUGUGGGAGAAUUUUCCCUUCACUGGGUUUGUGGCUAUGAUGUCUGCCAUGGGAACGUUCAUGGUGGAAACUCUGGCCACUGGUUACUACAAGAGGUUGCAUUUCAGUAAGUCUCUACCGACCAACGUCGACGAGGAAAUGCAGGGUGACCAUGUGGGUCAUCUGCACGUUCACACUCAUGCCACCCAUGGGCAUUCCCAUGGCUCCGGUGAUUCAACUGCUCCUGAUCUUCUCCGGCAUCGUGUCACGUCUCAGGUUUUGGAAUUGGGAAUAUUGGUACACUCCGUGAUCAUAGGUAUUUCAUUGGGUGCUUCUCAAGAACCUUCAACGAUAAAGCCCCUAGUUGCAGCUCUCAGCUUUCAUCAAUUUUUUGAGGGCAUGGGGCUUGGUGGAUGUAUUACCCAGGCAAACUUCAGAACUCGAGCUGUGGUAGUAAUGACGCUCUUUUUCUCCCUUACUACCCCAGCUGGAAUUGCAGUGGGCAUAGGAAUAACAAAUGUUUAUGAUGAAAACAGCCCAACUGCUCUCAUCGUUGAAGGGAUUUUUGACUCUGCUGCAGCAGGGAUUCUGAUUUAUAUGGCGCUUGUUGAUUUGCUUGCAUCAGAUUUCAUGAACCCUAGAAUGCAAAGCAAUGGGAAACUUCAGUUAUGGGCAAAUAUUUGUCUUCUCUUAGGAGCUGGUUGUAUGUCACUACUGGCCAUAUGGGCUUAAUAAUAUUUGUUCCAAUACAUACUUGCUAGAAUUGUUAUUGUUAGAUUUUCUUGAACCACAGAAAAAAAUGAAUUCAUAGAUGUCUUCUUUAUAAUGUUAAAUUAUAGGUGCUUAAAUUAAUUAUU